UACUUGAGGUAUCAAGUCAUACGUCAUAAUGUCCAACUACAACGACAACACUUCGGGCGGCUACGGCGGAAACGACAGCUACGGCGGAGGUAGUGACAACUACGGCUCCUCUGGCCGUGGUGGUAGUGGUUUCGGAAACGACAACAGCUCCUCUGGCUUCGGUAACAACCAAUCCUCUGGAGGUUUUGGAAAUGAUAGCUACGGAAACCAGUCCGGCGGUUAUGGGAACGAUAACAGCUCCAGUGGCUUCGGCAACAAGUCGAGUGGUUAUGGAGAUGACAACACGUCUGGUGGUUCUGGUGGUUACGGAAGCAAGUCGGGCGGCUACGGUGAUGACAACACCUCGAGCGGCUUUGGAAACAAGUCGAGCAGUGGCUACGGCGAUGACAACACCUCGAGCGGAUACGGCAACAAGUCGAGCAGCGGCUACGGAGACGACAGCACCUCCGGUGGAUAUGGUGGUAACAAGUCUAGUGGCUACGGCAACGACAGCAACCAGUCCGGCUCCGGCUCCGGCUCCGGCUUUGGAGGAGGAUCUUCCGACUACUCUUCCGGCAACGCCGGCAGUGGCCUAGGUGGCGGCUCCAAUGACUACUCCUCUGGCGGCAACGACAGCUAUGGAUCUGGAAACCAGUCCUCUGGUAACCAGUACGGAUCUGGCACCACUAGUGGAGCCGGAUAUGGCAACAAGAGCAGCUCUUCGGGCGGUAACAAUGACGACUAUGACAACAGCGGCUCUAGUGACUCCAAGGCUGGCAAGUUCCUCGAGAAGGCCGGUGGUAUCUUCCACCACUCCGGCCUCGAGAACAAGGGCCGCGAGAAGCGCGAGCAGGCUGGCUAUGGCCAGGGCGGUGACAGCUAUGGUCAAGGCAGCGGCGAUAGCUACGGCGACUCCAACUACUAAAUACGGUGAAAUAUCCCCUUGUCACCGGUUUUCCCCUCCUUUUCUGAAAAAUCCACCCGAAAUAUCAAGGGUCUAUUUAUCUCUAAUGAUACCUGCUUAGCUCGUUGCUUUGAGGCUUAAUGAAACUUUAUUCAUUGCUUGAACAUGAGAUUGCCAUUGUUUAUUGGAUUUUGUCGUGACAUAUCCCUUGCACGUCGUGUCCUUGAGUAAAUGCUUUUUUUGUAGAUGAGGAUCAACCACUUGACAGCUUCUAAUACU